AUGUCAUAUGAAGCACAUAUUGUGACACCGGAACAACGAUUGCUGCAAAGGAAAAAGACCAGUAACCAUCGUGCUCAAAUUUCUGGCCAUGAAAUCAACAACAUAGUUGGGUUAGCUAAUGAACUUGAAAAGAGUUUACUUCAGGUGAAAGAGCUCCAUGAGAAGAAUCUUACAGUGAAAACCUUGUCAAAAAUAUUAGCUACAAAAAACAGUUGUGCGGCUUUAAGUGAUGUUCAAUACUUAAGAAUAUUCCAGGAUUUUGCGUCUGCAUUUUCCAUUCUAGUAAUAAAUUCAUAUUUGUACUCGAAAUUUUUCGAGUUGCUAACUCUUACUAACUGUUUGAACAUAAAUCUUGAACAUCAAGUUUUCACUAAAUUGAGUCUCCGCAGUUCGCCAUGUAAGAAAACUGAUGCUCUGUGUCUGGUAUGUGGUGACCGAGCAUCUGGCAAACAUUACGGUGUUCUUAGUUGCGAUGGGUGUCGCGGUUUCUUCAAGAGGAGCAUCCGUCGAAAUCUCGACUACGUUUGCAAAGAAAAUGGAUCGUGUGUGGUAGACGUUGCAAGAAGGAACCAGUGUCAGGCGUGCCGAUUCAAGAAAUGUCUGGAAAUGAAAAUGAACAGAGAUGCCGUUCAACAUGAAAGGGCUCCAAGAUCUUACCAACAACGAUACUCGGGUCCAGAAGAAAUCAGAAGACACAAUGAAGAAAACCAAGUACCAUUUGUCCCUCUUACAAAAAUUCUGGACCACCCAAGAUUGGAUUAUGCCCAGUUUCACCAGUACAGCACCCCAGUCACACUGCACCCUGAAUUACCCGGUUACAAUCCAGGUCAAGUGUUUCAGCCAAUUACAAUCCAAUUAGCCGACCAAAAUAGCCGCGCAGCAACUGCAGCUUUUCUCCACCCUCACCACCAUCAUCAUCCAUCACAUCUACCCCAUCACUACCCGAAUCACUUGUUACAGCCAGGUACUACACCCAGUGGAGAAAUAGGCUUCCGACCAGCAAUAGUAAAAAUUCCGUCUGGGGAACCAAAUAUACGCGGAACUGGUGGAGGAGGAGGAGGGGGAGCGGGUGGAGGAGGCGAUGGAGAAAGAGGAGGAGGGGGAAACAACAGUGGUGGAGGUGGUGGAGGUAGCGGUGGCAGUGGUACUGGUAGUGGCGGUGGCGGUGGUGGCAGUAGAAAUGAGAACAGUAACGUCGACUGUACCAUCAAAGAAAACUGUUCGUCACGCGUUUCUGGAGAAUGUUCCACACCGACGCAUCUGAAACGCGAAAAGACUGAAUCAGACAGUACAGAAUCUUCUGGAGGUACUUCACAAGAGAAUUCAGUUAGCACUACAACAUCUAUCCAUCCACCGACAACCCUAAAUGGUAACCAGCCCCAGGCAUUUCCUUACAAAAUGAUCCCAGCGUCCGCCGUAAAUAUGAAUCCUUCAUCGUACCAACCACCGUUUGGCAUGUUAGCUAACCCCCUCGCUGGAGGAGACCAACAUUUUUAUGUCAAUAAUUCCGGUGUAGAAAGCGUCUACGAAACAGCAGCACGUCUCUUAUUUAUGUCGGUGAAAUGGGCGCGAAAUAUCCCGUCAUUUCUUCAACAGCCAUUUCGCGAUCAAGCAAUUCUUUUGGAAGAAAGCUGGAGUGAAUUGUUCAUCCUUAGUACGUCACAAUGGUCAAUGCCAAUCGACAUUGCCUCAUUAUUAACAGCUAAUGGUUGGAGCUUGGACACGCAGCAUGCAGAGAAAACAGCUUUCAUGAUGACGCAGCUCCGACUGCUUCAAGAUAUAAUCAAUCGCUGUAACGAAUUACAUGUUGAUGCAACAGAAUACGCAUGUCUUAAAGCAAUAACUCUGUUCCGUCCAGAGGUUCGCGGACUACGAGAUUCAAAACAAGUUGACCGUCUCCAAGACCAAGCUCAGUUAAUGUUAAGUGACUACACUUCAAGACAUCAUUCUUCCAUGCAGCCUCGCUUUGGCAAAUUAUUACUGCUGCUCCCUAGCAUAAGGAUGAUAAACCCACGUUCCUUAGAAGAGUUAUUCUUUCGUAGAAUGAUCGGUAAUAUACCGAUCGAGCGGCUCUUGUGUGACAUGUUCAAGUCGAGUUAAGGAAUUAGUUGAUAUACGUAGGAAUCCUUGACAAUGUCGUUGUUUAUAGAAUUUUUGUUUUGUUUUGUUUUUUACAUUGCAGAAUGGGGCCGUUUUCAAAUAACAAUUGAAACUCUUUCUGCUCUACCAGAAUUUUCAGUCGAACAAAAACAAUUUGAAUUCAAAGACAG